AUGUGGUACAGCGCAUCAAGUGUAGGGGGGCUAGCUAUCCUCCUGGCUAGCUCUUUCUUUGAUGUCGCUAAAUCCAGUAAUACAUUACUUCCCCUUGUUCUUCAGCCUCUGCCGUUGGGCUCAAUCUCGGCUGAAGGCUGGUUAUACGAUCAAUUGCAAUUGAUGAGUGACGGCCUUGCUGGUCACGAACACGAUUUUUACCUGUUUGUCAGUAAUAGCUCAUGGCUGGGAGGGUCAUCGGAGUAUAGCAAUCUCAACGAGGGGUUCCCAUACUGGUUUAAUGGUCUCGUGCCCUUGGCAUAUACCAUGGGCGAUGAGCGAUUGAAAAGCCAGGUCUUGGAUUCUGUAAACUACGUUCUUUCACAUCAGCAGGCCGAUGGCUGGCUUGGUCCGGAAACCAAUGUCAGCACACGCAAUCUUUGGGGUCGAUUUCCUUUCUUCUUAGGGUUGACGCAAUUAGUUGAGGCGGAGAACGGAAGUGAUGUUGCCACGAGGGUGUUGGAUGCCAUGCAUAAAUUCGUUGAACUGAUGAAUUCCAUGCUCGAGAAUAAUUUCCUCGGCUAUGUCGCAUCAGACACUUCACAAAUCGACGACCAAUGGGGCCGCUCACGAUGCGCUGAUAUGAUCUUGAGUUUGCAAUGGCUGUAUGAGCAUGAUCCUAGGAAUAAUACAGACAUCCUGUUCAAUUCCAUGAAUCUCCUCUUUGAAAAGUCCAACAACUGGGCUGACUGGUACGUCGACGGUGUAUACAUCAAAGAGGAUCUUGAUACGGUGUCUGCUGAAAUCACAAAUGCCCACUACGCGUUUGAGCAUGGAGUCAAUAUCGGCCAAGGCUACAAAUUUGGCGCUGUUACCCGACGCUUCAAUGGCGACGACAGGCUUGGAGACUCUUCGCGCACUGCAGUGAACUGGACCUUGACAUAUCACGGACAACCUUCGGGAGUCAUGAUUGCAGAUGAGCGCUUAUCUGGGCUGAGCCCUGUUCGCGGUGUGGAACUUUGCGCUGUGGUAGAGUCCAUCUAUUCGUUGAACUACCUGUACCAGGCACUGGGCGAUGCUAGUUUCGCAGACAAUGCCGAGAUGGCAGCUUACAACGCUCUCCCUGUUAUGUUGACACCAAAUUGGUGGGCACAUCAGUACGUCGCCCAAACCAACCAGCCAAUAGCGCACACCUUUGAUCUGUCUCCUUUCUAUAACGUGGAUACCGAAGGGCAGCAUUUCGGACUUGCGCCAAACUAUCCUUGUUGCACGGUCAAUCAUCCGCAAGGUUAUCCCAAGUAUAUUUCGAACUCGUAUGUCCGCUAUGGCGACAAUGGUAUAGCGCAUGCGCUGCUGGGGCCAACUUCAGUCAAAACUACCACCAACUCUGGGGUUGUUGUCAACAUCUCGGUCGACACUCACUAUCCAUUUGUAUAUGAGUUGACAUAUACCGUUGAAGCCAGUGAUGAUUUUGACUUUUAUGUGCGAGUGCCUACCUGGGCUACGGGAAGCAGCUUCUUCUCCAUCAACGGGGGAACCCAUCAGGAUAUGCUGGCAGAAUCGAGUACCUCCAUGCAUCGUUUUCGGCUCGAGAAAGGCCACACCACCGUCUUUUACUCCUUGACGGGCGAUAUCCGAGUGGCUGAUCGUGCAAAUGACACUGUGUCCAUCUACCAUGGGCCAAUUCUGUAUACCAUUGCCCCUGGAGAGAACUACACAUCAUACAGCUCAGGCUACCCCGGUGCACCCUCGGAGGCUUUGGAAUAUGACAUCUACCCGACAUCGGAAUGGGCCCUCGCUAUCGAUCCCUCGACGCUGAGGUACAACGCACCGUCGCGGGGUGCUUCCUUGCCUAACCCUAUAUGGACCCUUAACGCGCCACCGGGGUCUAUCAGUGCGAUUGUAUGCGAGAUUAAUUGGAGUUUGACCAAGGGUUACGCGCCCAACCCGCCGCUGCUAGCAGACAGGAAAUGCAUAGGAGACCCCAUUCAAGUCGACCUGGUACCGUAUGGCAGCGCCAAACUGCACGUGGCUGAGAUUCCGACGAUCAAGCUGUCGUGA